UCCCAUUGUUAAGCAAACAGGUCCACAAACUCCUGAAGGAAUCCAACUCCCCCCAUACCUUUUCCCUCUCUAUUUCCCACCACAUACAUUUGUGCAGCAGUGUUUGUGGGUGGGGCUGCCAAAGUAGUUUGGUGAGAAGUUACAAAGUAGUCACACACAAGCCUUCCUUCCUAACCUGAUUGUUCUGACAGGGGAAAUCAGGGUUUUUACUAUUACUGGGCAGCGGUGGAUCAUUGUGGAUUAUUUCCUACUCUCCCCCUAGUGCAGACGCUUUGCAGCACUGCCAUCAACGCAGAGAGCCCGAAGCAAAGACUACUUUUGAUUGGACAGCAUUUUAACGCAAUUUUUACAGAGCCAGAACGAUAAUGAGAAGAUAAACCAAUAAUGGUGACUUCCCUGGAUUGAGGUUUUCAUGACAUAAUUUUAUUGCAUAUUUCUCAAAUUAAAAGGAUUAAAAGCUGCUUACUAAAAAGGGGGAAUUGUUGUCUGAAAGUCCUGUGCCUUAUUCUACUCUCCGCAGGUUUUGCCAAUGGAUUCAAGCCUUUACCGUUGGACGCAUGUUGCGCAAAAUAGCUCCUCAAAAUGCUCCUCUGAAACAACACCUCUUCUUCCACCCAAAAGAAAAGGGCCGUCAUACAACCUGAAAAAGGAACGAAUUGUAUUCGCAAACAAUAAAACAUAUGAGAGAGACUGGAAGGCAGUGUCUCGCUAUUACAAAGGAAACAAGAUCCGAACUACAAAAUAUACUUUGCUGAGCUUUCUACCGAAAAACCUCUUUGAGCAGUUCUACAGAUCCGCAAACAUUUACUUUGUUUUCCUGGCCGCCUUGAACUGGGUGCCGCAAAUCGGUGUGUUUCACAAAGAGAUAACCAUGGUGCCGUUGGCGAUCGUGCUUGGCGUUAUUGCAAUUAAAGAUGCAGUGGAAGACUAUAAACGAUACCGCAUUGACAGAAGAAUCAACUUCACCAAAACCAGCGUUUAUAAUAAGAACAGUAAUGACUUUGUUGAGAAAUGUUGGAAAGAUGUCUGCGUUGGAGACUUUGUCAAACUCCUCUGCAACGAGAUCAUACCUGCGGAUAUACUACUUCUCUUCUGCUCUGACCAAAAUGGUAUAUGCCACAUAGAGACGGCUAACCUUGAUGGGGAAACCAACCUUAAGCAGAGACAAGUGGUCAAAGGAUUUUGCAAACAAGGCAUGGCAUUUGACCCAGAAUCCUUCAGAAACACCAUUGUUUGUGAGAAGCCAAAUAAUAACCUCAACAAGUUCAAAGGCUACAUGCAGCUGGAUAAUGGGCAACGGACAGGAUUUGGCAAUGAAAGUCUUCUACUUCGGGGAUGUACAGUGAGAAAUACUGAAGAAGUCGUUGGCAUUGUGGUCUAUGCAGGACAUGAGACCAAGGCAAUGUUGAACAACAGUGGUCCUCGUUACAAGCGCAGCAAGAUUGAAAGACAGAUGAAUAUCAAUGUUUUCUUCUGCGUUGGAAUCCUCUUCAUUAUGUGUCUCAUCGGAGCUUUAGGUUAUGGUAUUUGGACUUCCAAGUUUGUCAUACCCCCACUGUUUGAUGUCCCAGAAGCUGAUGGCAGCUACCUUUCUCCUGCCCUUGCUGGUUUUUACAUGUUUCUAACCAUGAUUAUCCUACUACAGAUCUUAAUUCCAAUAUCUCUUUACGUAUCUAUUGAACUGGUCAAGUUGGGUCAGAUCUAUCUAAUCCACAGUGACCUUGACUUGUAUGAUGAAGAAAUUGAUUUGUCCGUACAGUGCCGUGCUCUUAACAUCACAGAAGAUCUAGGCCAGAUUCAGUACAUCUUUUCAGACAAAACAGGAACGCUUACUGAGAAUAAAAUGGUUUUCCGGCGUUGCACCAUUGUGGGAUAUGAGUUCUCCCAUCAAGAAAAUGCUAAACGGCUAGAAAUGUACAAUGAAGAAGAAUCCGAUGAUGAAGAUAUGACAAAACCCAGAAAUUUUUUGUUUGAUCUUGAUGCCGGAAACCAGUCCACAGUGAGACACAAGGGGACAAAGGCGCUGAGGCGUUGCCAUAGUGCCCGGCCUAAUAUCCAAGGGCACUUUCGCAAGAAAUCUGAAGGACGAUUUGAUAUUUCUCAAGUGGCUUUUAGCAGCCCAAUUGAAAAAGACGUGACCCCAGAUCACAUGCUGCUUGCAAAGGUUAGAGAAGCCUCCGUCAAGUUUGCCGCUGUCUCUCCACUCGUAUCUCAGAGUAACAUCAGAGCUGCAAGUUCACCAUAUAUUGACUUCUUCUUGGCAUUGGCCAUUUGCAAUACUGUAGUUGUCUCCACAGCAACAGAACCAAGGCAAAGGGUCACUAUACCUCCUUUGCUGAAAUCAUCUGGAUCAUCUUUAGAGAAGUUUCAACAUCUGUUCCAAAGGCUAAAGUUAUUGAGUUUCAGCCAGUCUUCCUCCACAUCUCCAUCAAGCUCAGACCCUGGAACCCCAACCAGCUCAAAAAAUAAUAAAGUAAGUCCUGUACCAUCAGCAGACAAGGACAACAUCUCCAGUUCCAGCUCUGGUGAAGCAGAAUGCCAGAGCAGUGGAAAGGAUGAUUCGUCAGUAAGCAAAAACAGUGCUGACAACUGUUUAGAAGAAAUGAUUGCUACGGUUUCAUCCCUUCAUAUAGAAGAUGAUUUCUGUUAUGAGGCAGAAAGUCCAGAUGAGGCUGCACUGGUACAUGCUGCUAGGGCAUACAGCUUCACAUUAAUGUCCCGAACACCUGAUCAGGUAACAGUGAGGCUUCCACAAGGUACCUUACUGACAUUUGAUCUCCUCUACACAUUGGGCUUUGACUCCGUAAGAAAGAGAAUGUCGGUGGUGGUUCGUCAUCCAAUAACAAGAGAGAUCAUUGUAUACACCAAGGGAGCAGAUUCAGUUAUCAUGGACUUGCUAGAUGACCCUUCAAAAGCUAAUAUAAGUGACGAGAAGAAGCUGAGGAAGAUGCAAGCAAGGACCCAGAGACAUCUUGACUGGUAUGCACGAGAUGGACUUAGAACUCUCUGCAUAGCUAAAAAGGUUCUAAGUGAAGAUGAAUUUGAGAGGUGGUCAAAUUUCCGAGAAGAAGCUGAAGCCGCCAUUGAAAAUAGGGAAGAGUUACUUAUGGAGACUGCUCAGCAUCUAGAAACAAAUCUCAGCUUGCUCGGUGCAACCGGAAUAGAGGAUCGUCUUCAGGAAGGGGUUCCAGAUACCAUUGCUUCACUGAGAGAGGCUGGCAUAAACAUAUGGGUGCUGACUGGUGAUAAACAGGAAACUGCCGUUAACAUUGCAUACUCAUGCCAACUUUUGGACCAAUAUGAUACAGUAUUUACCAUUAACACUGAAAGCAAGGAAACCUGUGAGUCCAUCCUGGAUUGCACUUUGGAAGAUGUCAAAAAGUUUUUCCCUGAAAAGAAGAAAAGAGGGCUAUUCAAACGAAGUAAAGCCCCUGUAUCUCACGAGCUGGAGGCAGUGCGCCCGCAGGUUGGCUUGGUGAUUGAUGGAAGGACCCUAAAUGUCAUCUUUCAGGGAGGUUUGGAGACCAAGUUCUUGGAGCUGAGCAGGCACUGCCGCUCAGUCCUAUGCUGUCGGGCCACGCCUUUGCAGAAAAGCAUGGUGGUGAAAUUAGUACGGGACAAACUGAAAGUGAUGACUCUUUCCAUAGGUGACGGGGCUAAUGAUGUUAGCAUGAUUCAGGCUGCUGAUAUUGGAAUAGGGAUAUCAGGCCAAGAAGGCAUGCAGGCAGUGAUGUCCAGUGACUUUGCAAUAUCCCGCUUCAAACACCUUAAGAAGUUAUUACUGGUUCAUGGUCAUUGGUGCUAUACCCGUCUGGCAAAUAUGGUCAUCUACUUCUUUUACAAAAAUGUGGCCUAUGUCAACUUGCUCUUUUGGUACCAGUUGUUCUGUGGCUUCUCAGGCACCACCAUGAUUGAUUAUUGGCAGAUGAUCUUUUUUAACCUGUUCUUCACUUCCGUGCCACCUCUCGUAUUUGGAAUACUGGACAAGGAUAUUUCAGCGGAGACAUUAAUGAGCCUACCUCAUCUUUAUAAAAGUGGACAGCAGUGUAAGUCCUACAAAAUGUCUACUUUCUGGAUAGCCAUAGUGGAUGCUUUCUACCAAAGCCUCGUCUGCUUUUUCAUCCCGUAUUUUACAUACCAAGGUACAGACAUAGACGUUCUCUCCUUCGGCACCCCUAUCAAUACCAUAGCCCUAUUCACAAUCUUAAUGCAUCUUGCUAUUGAAAUAAAAACAUGGACCAUUUUGCACUGGGUGACAAUUGUUGUAAGCAUUAUCUGUUAUUUUGUGGUAUCACUCGCCUACAACGCCAUCUGUGUGUUGUGUAAUGAGCCAGCAAACCCCUACUGGAUUAUGGAGAUGCAAAUGUCAGACCCCUUGUUCUAUAUAGUCUGCAUUAUUACACCAGUUAUUGCUCUGUUGCCAAGGUACUUUAUUCGGGCACUGAGAGGAACCUGUGUUGCUAAUCCACUUAUUUUAGCGCAGAAGCUGGAUAAGCUUGGCAAAGAGGAAAGAGACUUAAAGAUACAGCAAUGGAAGGAAAAAAUUAGGGAAUCAAUGCCGAGAGCAGCCCCCAAUGAAUUUGAUUUUAAUUCAUCAAUACAUAAUGGAUAUGUUUUACCUCCAACUCCAUCCAGACCACAUCACAAUGUUUGCACUGUAAAGAAUGAAGGAAACAAUGGCAGUCCCUCUAAGGAAAUCUCUGCUGCCACAGCUACGCCAGCCGCCUCUGUAAGGCCGUACCGUAAGAACCCAAAUUCCAACUGUGUAGGACCUGCAAAAGGAGUGGCCAAUCUUCUAAAGGACAAUGUAGAAGACUCCAAAGCCAAUCACAAGAGAUCUAUUAGUACAGUGACAGUUUAAAGACAUAUUAUUGGGAAAUUAGUCUCAAUGCACCUGUAUAUUUAUAACGACUGCUGUUCAGCCCAUAUUGGGAGAAGAUAGCAGAGGAGGAAUUUGUCACCGUCACUUUAACUGUGAAGUUCUUGUGUACGCCGAUAAAAAAAAAUUGGAUAUAUGUAUAGAGGUGGCACUGCAAUCGUUUUAUUUUGAACAUGAUAUAACGAAUGUACACUGACCUUACUUCAUUGGUAUUCCCAAGUCUCCAUCAGCCAAAUGACUUGGUGAGCUGCUAUAUAGACUUUAUUACAAUCACAGCUUCAUCUGAGAGGCUUUCCUGGAUCCUUGUUCCAAAGGCUUAUGAAAAAAAUGGUGCUAAAUAGCAGGAGAUUCCUCUAUUAGAUUCUAUAGUAUAUUGCAUUAUUUAACACAAUAUCAGAGAGAAAAACCUACAUGAUUUGAGUUCAGGGUGGGGGUUAGACAAAGGGAGGCCACAACAAUGUAUCAUGCCAGGGUUUUAAGACACAUGUAAUAAUAAUACAUUUCUAAUAGUUCUUCUGAACCACCUGAUAUAUGCAAAGUAAAAAUAGGUAUGCACUUUGGCACAAAAAAGGACUCACCACAGAAACAAUAUGUACCUCUGGGUAAGGGCCAACAAAGGAUUCAAUGCACAUUUUUUGUCUCAGGUUUGGGCACCAGUUUUUCUACACCCUAUUAUCCAUACUAUAUCUCUCCAGCUUCUGAUCUGAUUUUUUUUAAUCUGGUUUAAACGAAUUGGUUUGGAUAAACUUCUCAACAUAUUAAAUUGCAACUUCUUUGAAUGAUCAGGUGGUAACAUUGGCCAAGGCUUGAUGGUAACAGAAUUCCAGUACCCUUGUUUCUCUAAUGACAAUACAGACUGCAGGCCUUCACUCAUUAAAUACAUUACCUGAUUACUAUAAGGGGCUAGCAUCUUGAAUUAUACCUUUCAUAUGUGAAUAACUGCUCUGUAAUUCAGUUUUGCGUCCACCAGAAUUUUAAUGCAUUUUAUUGGGUUUACAAGAAAUUAGGCUUUUUUAAUUCUACGGUAUUAUUGUUACAAGUAGGGUUUCAAUCAUACGUUGCUCAGUACUAUUUAAGGGACUUGGUAAGUCAAAAUAACCUACAUAGGUGCCAAAAAUACCAUCUCUGAUGUUCCCAAUUUCUAAUUUAUAUUGUAAUCUAGCUUUUUUUAAAUGUUUAUAUUGUGUUUUAUCGUUCUGAGCUGCCAUGAACAAAAGCACAGACUGUACAUGACUUAUAAAUAUUACUAUUUUAAUGCGCAAUAUUAAAUUAAAUGUAUUUAUUUAAUGUUUAUCACUGCAGUUUGACUAGUUUACUUUUUAUAAUGAAUUACAUUUUAGAAAGACAUUUUUUUCUGCUCAUUGAGAUUACUGGUGUUUAUUUCCGUAGCAGAAAAAUCUCGACUGAUGUCAUUAAAGUUUAUUUUCAUUUUUUUUUUUAAUUCUCAUUUUGUAAUAAUGGAUCCACCAAUGUUUUGCACCAUAGGGAAAAAAAACAAUAAAGAUACUGGUCUAUA